AUGACUUUCUUGUUUUACAGGAAAUCGUCAGAGGAACUGGACAUGGACAAGGUGACAGCAGCAAUGGUACUCACCAGCUUGUCAACCAGCCCUUUGGUCCGGAGCCCUCCUGUGAGGCCAAAUGAGGGCCUGAGCGGCUCCUGGAAGGAGGGCGGCGGCGUGCCUUCCAGCAGCAGCAGCAGCGGCUACUGGAGCUGGAGCGCCCCCAGCGACCAGUCCAACCCGUCCACGCCGUCGCCGCCGCUCUCGGCCGACAGCUUCAAGCCCUACCGCAGCCCCGCGCCGCCGGACGACGGCAUCGACGAGUCGGAGGUCAGCAACCUGCUCUUCGACGAGCCCAUCCCCAGGAAAAGAAAGAACUCCAUGAAGGUGAUGUUCAAAUGCCUCUGGAAAAACUGUGGCAAGGUGCUGAGCACUGCGGCAGGCAUCCAGAAGCACAUCCGGACCAUCCACCUGGGGCGUGUUGGGGACUCUGACUACAGUGAUGGAGAAGAGGACUUCUACUACACUGAGAUCAAGCUCAACACAGACUCGGUGGCAGAUGGACUGAGCAGCCUGGCCCCGGUGUCGCCCUCCCAGUCCCUGGCUUCGCCUCCCACCUUCCCCAUCCCAGAGUCAAGCCGAACAGAAACUCCUUGUGCCAAAACCGAGACUAAAUUGAUGACACCCUUGAGCCGCUCAGCUCCCACUACCCUCUACCUCGUACACACCGACCAUGCUUACCAGGCCACACCCCCCAUGACCAUUCCAGGAUCGGCCAAGUUCACCCCCAAUGGCAGCAGCUUCAGCAUUUCCUGGCAGUCUCCUCCGGUCACUUUCACAGGCAUUCCAGUGUCACCAACACAUCAUCAUCCAGUGGGCACAGGGGAGCAGAGACAGCACGCCCAUACGGUCCUGUCCUCUCCACCCAGAGGGACGGUCAGCCUAAGGAAGCCCAGGGGAGAGGGCAAGAAGUGCCGGAAGGUGUAUGGGAUGGAGAACCGAGACAUGUGGUGCACCGCCUGCCGCUGGAAGAAAGCCUGCCAGAGGUUCAUCGACUGAGAGGCCCUAGGCACAGGGGCCCGGGGCCCUGCACCACUCCUGCCCUGGCCUUCCGCUGAAGGUGUUGGAAAGAGCUUUUCCUUCUGAAUAAAACACACUUGAAGCCCAGGAAAAGCACUUCCAGGAGACUUGGUGGAAUAACAGCAAAAAAAAAAGAAAAGAAAACCACCACCCUUACUGCUCUUAUUAAGAACCCAGACUAGAGCAGCUCUGACUAGUUUUUCCUUCAGUAGAAAAGUCAACAUUUUUUGCUGUAUGUCUAGUCUUAAAACUGUGGUUCUGUAACAAUUGAACCAACAAAGCCCGUUUUACCUAGAAAGGAGGAAUAUUUUGAUAAGCUUUCUGAAUUAUGCCGUUUCCAAAAUUUUUUGACACUUAAAAAAAACACAUAAGCUACACAUUAUUCAGUAGCUUUUGUACAAAGAAUGAUACCUACUUUUGUUGUGAAUAGUCUUUUCCCUGUUUUCCAUUUGACUUCUUGGAGCACUCCACACCGUGAUGUGCUGCAAGGAAGUGCAGCACUUGGGGGAUCUUUUCUAUGUCUUUUUGUUUUUGUUUUUGUUUUUAAGAAUGGCCCCACACUGAACCGUGGUAGAGCUGUGAGCUUGAAGGACCCCAGAUGGCAUAAACUCACAACGCAAUUGGCCAUGGAAAUCACCAGCAGACUUCAGCCCCAAGCUGAGUUCAGGAAAUCCAGCUGUCACUGUUGGGAAACACCUAGGAGUCUUCCUUGAAUCAGUAAGAAGCUCUUCCCCAAGGGUAGCACAGCUCAUUCUCCACCUGCCACGACUCAAUCAAGAACUGGCACCUACCUGUAGCCAUCUGGGUAAGCCUCGAUGCUUCUUUCAGGGAUGUGACACAAACAGCAGCUCGGCUCUAUUUGUUAUUGCUUGUCUGUCAAGGUUGUAGCCAGGUCGGUGGGUUAUGGGUCCUUCCCUCCAAACUCCACCACUGACUGAUUUCAGGAAAGGUAGAGAUCUCCAGACUCUCCCAGCAAGUUUGCUUUCAACAACAGAGCAUAGCCGGCAUGUCACCACCGUUCAGAACGUCAAGUUAGGUCGACAGACCCCUUCCAUCCUGAGUGCACUUUUCUAGGUUUGAUGCUUUAGCAUGUCUGGGAGAUUAGCUGAUGAACAAUAUAAACAUUACAUGGGUAAAUGGAAGGCCCAAACCUUUAUUUUUCUUAGGAAAAGAUUGGAGCUAUUAAUUAAGCAUUCACUCAAAAGGGAACAUGCAGAACACCAAAAA